AUGAGAUUCAUGACCUCGGGGUGCGGCAAGUGGGCUGAUCCAUAUUGUGAGGAAUCAAAAGCUGUUCAGCUGACCCACAAUCCAAGGCAAUUUCAGCAGGGUCAAUUCAUCAUUAGGCUGGUCGGCCGGCACACAGAACCAGUCCUCAAGAAGAUAUGGGUGGCCGAGCCAGCUUUGAUGGGGUCAACAUAUACAUCGGCUCAUCAGCAGGCACCAUCAACCAUGGCCUGUUUGUAUGGUCAGGGGGCUCAGUGUUGUUGGGCAUUCCAGAUCGGGUGGAUGCAAUUUGCAAGGCAGGUGGAGGAGAGACUUGCUAUUAAUUACUAUAUCUAA